UUAUCUCACACUCACCGGGUUUGUGCUUUUCAACAUGGCAUCGCACGCUCACCUGUGUUGUCUUUGUGGUUGUCCGGUCGCAGAUAUCUACAGGGACAUUCAGGAAUGUGAGGAAUUGGACAAUGAUGGAUUUAAUAGUCUUCGGCAUGGCGAUGGAACGUGGUUUAAAUGGGGUGUUGCACUGCUCUCAAAUAUGAUGUCCUAUCCCGGGAUGGUUGACGGUCACGUUCUAAUGGUGCACGAGAUUUACGGAGGGGAUAUCCCGGAAGCCACCUAUGGCCCAGUUUACUUGCCGGAUUUUGAAGAUGCGGCAGAAGACUCGGAUGAAGAUACGCCUGUGGGACCUUUUUCCACGAGUGGUGACGCUGAAUAUACCGGCCUAGAUUACCUCAGUGGGUCGGCCGUCAUUGUGCAUCACAGAUGUCUUUCGCUAGCGGUGGAGUGGACAAAUAGUGAAAGUAUAAGCGACUUUUUCAUGAGCCCUACUGGAUCUCUGCUUGAAUGUUCCUGCAUGGGUCGUAACAUCGCCUACAGAGACAACACAGAAGAUAUUGUCAACAAUGAGAACAAGGAAGAAUACGAUGAGCACCGGGAGCACCACUUCAGGAAUAGAAGAACUAAAGAAGCAUCGAUAGCAGCGGUUGACUCAUUUGGUAGCCUGUCCGUUGAUUACGAAGCAUUUGAAAGAGGAAGAGACUGGCCCCGAUUCAUGAAUGAUGACGAUUAUAGGCCGGAGAAUGCAUGGCUACUUACCAGACCUGAUCGUUUUCCAGAGCUUCCAUUGGUUGCAACAAAGUGCACUCCUGGCGUCGAGCAGCGGCAGCAGCAUCGUUCAGAUGACUUGGCGAGACUUCCUAUGGAAAUCAUCCUGGCGAUACUUGAGUUCCUCAUCAGCGACGAGCGCAGUUUCCUUCAUUUGCAAUCAGCGAGUCAUUUUUGGCGUUCCUUUCUUGUAGGAGACACUGGCUUGCUUCCGCAGGGAGUACAGGCACUGUAUCGCAAGCGAUGCGCUGCUCUGGCCUGGGUCCCCACUGCAGUGGAUGUAAAUCGGCGCGCCAAGCAAUUUGAUGCCGUUUUGGACACUGGCGAACCCAUCGACUGGAAAUCGUAUCACAUUGCCUGCUCAAGAUCCCCGAGUAUGAGAAACAGGAACAGGAUGUAUCGAAAGAUGUGCGACGUGUAUGAUUUGAUUCAUGGAGGGGAAGGACGGCGAAGAGUAUACAAUGCGUUUGUUAAGCGGAUGUGGGCCCGAGGUUAUGGAGAGGAUCAAUUUCAAAUGAUUUAGGUGCGGUUUAUUUGGUGGGAAGAAUACCUGGCGGCACUACCACCCUUCUCGCAUCACCGGAGUUACUAUUAUACGCUCCAAGGGCGUACGUGUUGAACUCUAUAUUAUGCGCCAGGUUAAAACUGUUCUUUUUUUGGUAAUCUUUUGUUGGUUGAACUAGCAUAGUCAGCAUUAAUCCCUCUCUUGGCGACACUAUUAUCUUUUUAGUCUUUUUUCGAACGUUAUUAAUGACUUUUUUUUGUUGCCUUACACUCCUGUGGGUUGAUAUAAUUUGAAUCAAACUGGAUAGGCUCCUCUUUUCUGCUCACUUCAUGCCAUCUUUUAGGAAAUGGAUCCACUGUUCCUCUGUUUGCGUGGAUCUCACGGAAUUGUUUCCGUUACUCUUGCCUACACAAUACAGACAAGAUGCCUACGUGACAACAACUACUUGCUUUGCACACGCAUCAACAAAGGACUGCAUCUUAGAAGACUUGAAAGUCACGACCACUGUAGCUAGAUACUUAUUAUCCUACGUGAUUGAACAUGUGCCAUCUGGCAUCUCUCGAGCCUAAUUACAUGUAUCUUCUGAAGAAAAACGUUUGCAAUUUUGAAACACCUC